CUCCAUUGUGAAAAGCUAAACGAAAGCUACGGCGCCGCCGCCUUGGUGACUCCCUCUCCUCUCCUCUCCUCUCCUCUCAGCUACGCAUCCUACCUCCGACGGCCAACGCAGCCUCCUCCGUGGACGGCGCUUCGUUCGAUCAAGAGUGCAGACAGAACAUCACAGACAGGAAGCUUCAAUGCUUGGCAAUGGAGAUGAGGGCUCGGGAAUCUGUAAACAUGUCGGAGGACCUAACUGGGGCAAUUGCACCUUACGCCACCGCCCUACAUGAUGUGUUCCUCCACUCCCAUUGCUCAUCAUGCUUCAGCAAGUUACCACCACAAUCCCCCUACACCAUGUCUUGCACAAUGUGCUGCUCUGUUCGAUACUGCUGCUCGGAGUGCUUAAGCUCAGAUUCAUUGGUGCAUUCUUCUUCUGGUGAAUGUUGCUUUUUUAUGGACCACCUCAAGAGAGCUUCCCCUAACUAUGUUACUGAAGGAACAAGUGAUUUACGUGCUGCCCUCCGACUUCUUUAUGUGCUUGAGAUGCAUGAUCUUGUUUCAUCUGAUUCAAUCAGCCAGUACAGUAGGAUUGGUGGUCUUUCAGCAAGUGGUAUUGAGGAAGCUCAGGAGGAAGAUGAGGAGAUUGCUGAGAGGAUAUUGGAGGGGAGCCUACUGAUGUCAUCUUCUAGAAAAUCAAGGGCACUGUCUUAUGUUAGUUUACCUGAUGGAGUUAAAGUUGAGAGGAUGGCAUUAUGGGCAGUGAUUACAAAUAGUGUUGAGGUACAGCUUAGCGAAGGGCUGGUUAUGGGAAUUGCUGUGUAUGGCCCAAGUUUCUCAUGGUUCAACCACAGCUGCUUUCCCAAUGCUUCGUACAGAUUUGUAUUGGCUCCGAAGAAUGAAAACUGUAUUUCACACCAAUCAAAAUCAUGUGUAGUCCCUGCUAGCAAAGGAGUUGCAGCUGAUGUGUGGCAUGCUUGGCAGUAUGAGGAAGCUGAUUGUACCAACGCACUCUGCAAAUAUGGUCCAAGAGUUAUUGUUCGCUGCACAAAACCAAUUAACAAGGGAGAUGAAGUUUGCAUAACAUACAUUGAUCUUCUCCAGACCAAGGAAGCAAGGCAUUCGGAUCUGUGGUUAAAGUAUAAAUUCAUUUGUUCUUGCAACCGCUGUAUAUCAUUACCAGAGCCUUAUGUGGAUCUUCUUUUGAAUUGUGAUGCUAGGGACUUAAAUAAACCAGAGGAUGCUGUUGCAGCUCCAACAGUUAAGGAUUUGGAUGAUGGCUUACAACAAGCAAUAUCUGAAUACUCAUCAGGCGAAGAUGCCAAAGCUUGCUGUGAUAUGAUUGAAAGCAUGCUUUCUGAAAACUUGAUGAGAGAUUUGCAGAAAGGGGAACUUUCAGGGAGAAAACAUAUACUACACCCUCUUCAUCGUGUCUGUUUUACUGCUUACAUAGCACUUGCCUCUGCUUACCGAUUUCGUGCCCUAAGUUACAAAACGGGCAGUUUGUAUGGAGAAAAAAGUGAUGAUCUUUUCAGAGUGGCCAAAGCUGCAGCUGCUUAUUCAUUACUACUCGCUGGAGCUAUGAAUCAUCUAUUCUUAUCUGAAUGUUCUUUUAUGAUGGCACUGUCGCAUUUUCUAAUAGGUGCUGGGCAGUCAUUGUUUUUACUUGUCGAAUCUAUGAAGGGAGAAAUGAGGCAGUUUUUAUCUGAGGCUAAGUUCACCUUUCCUUCAUGUCCAGAAAGUUCUGUAAAACUUGAUUCAGUGAAGUACAAUGAUUUCAGAUCAACUUGUGAAGGAUUUCGCAAACGAAUGUUACUUUUGUCGUUUCAUUGCUGGUCAUUUCUCGUCCAAGGUUUACCCUGCCUGGAAAAGAUCAAGAAUCCUAUAGAUUUCAGUUGGCUUGGAAAGGCAAUAUCUCCGUCUCUCCUUUCCGAGGAAGAUUAUGCCAAUCUUUCUGCACAUAAUCCUACACCUUUCACAAAGGAACAGAAAGAGUGCAUUCUUAGUUUGGCUAUUUGUUGUGUCACGUAUUGCAAAUAUCUCACUAGUAUAUGCUAUGGCCCACAACAUUAUCUGAUAGACCAUGCUAAAGAUAUACUUGAAGUUAUCUUUUAGCCAGAUUUAGUCUUAUCUGCGGGGAUUACCAUUUUUCCAAGUGUACUGGAGACAUAUGUGAACAAAUGAAUGGCUAUCAAAUAUCAUGCCCUGCAAUUACUGCUUUAUCUUUGUUCAGAACUCAAUUGUACCUGCAAGCCUCUAACUGCAUGUUUUACAUAGCCAACUACAAAUGUCGCAACUGUUUUCACCGAGAAACAGACGACACUGGUAUAGCAAGUUGAAUUGGUGUAUUAAUUAUCAGAAUAGUAGUACCAGGUUCUGGUGAGAAUAAUUGUAGGAAUAUGCUUUAGAAUUUUUCUUUGCCUGUAUUGCUGCUAGAUACUGCUAACACUGACCUGACCAAUGGUGAUUUAACAUCAUUAAUGGUCUGGCCUACCAAUUUCCAGCUGGGGCCUAUUUAUUUUUAAGCUAGUGGUUCUGACAAAAACUAGAAAAAACCCUGUUAGAUCUUGGUUUUGGAUGUAGUGUUGCACCAUGCUGCGAAACCUCUAGAUGGUAUUGAGCAUUUUGUCCUCUCCUCAUCUCAUAGCAUGGUUCUGUUUGUUGAAUGAGUGGUGCAUAGUCUUUUAUGGCAGUUUAAAAUUUCACAGUGAACACCAUAAACCUACUGUGCUGUUCUAAUGCCAUGAUUUGUAGAAUUAUCAAUUAUGAACAUAUUUAUCGUUGUGGACUAUAAAACUUCCUGAACAGUUUGGGUUGGAAUCCUAGUGGUGUCUGCUAAGUUGAAUCAAGUAAUUUGUUACGGCUGUAUCCGCUUGUGCAAGAUGUGAAUAUCCAUUGGUCUAUUCGGGAUAUUCUAAUUUUUGUGAUCAACCAACAUAGAGUUGAUGUGCACAUAAAUGUGGAAAUAGAGUAAGUUCAGUUUGUGUAUAAACAAAAUGUCAUCUUCCAUGUGUGUUUACAUCAACAUUUAUUGUUGGAGUAUAUUGAGCCCAUGUGUAUAGAGGCCCAUCUAGAGGUCCAUGUGUAGGUAUUAUAAAUACCCACCCUUCUAGGGUUGGAGGAAUACAGAAAUUAUUCUCUCCAAUAUGGUAUCAGCCUAGGUUAGGGUUAGGU